UGUGGGAGUGGCACAAGGGUGUGUGCUCACAUGAGCCACUCUUCACCCUCCUGCAUGUGUGCCUCUGUGUCUCUAGGGCAGAGAAUAGAAAAGUUGGGGCAAAGUCUGAGUCAGCUCCAGCAGCAGCUACCAGACAUUCACAGCAACUCCCUCCACGAGGGAAGACAGGAACACAGGAGAACUGUUACACACCUUUACUACCAGAUACUCACCCAGGCAUCACCAGACGCUUUGCCCAGGAUGUGGACGCUUCUCUUGGGGGUCACCUUUGGAUUACUGGCCUCCUCCAGGUCAGAACUACUUCAAGUGAAUUCUCGAAGCUGUAGCUUUGUUGGGGUAUUUCUGGUUGAGGGAGCAGGCCGUCACUCCCUGGACCUUCCCAUGGCUAAAGAGGUGUGUGAGCAGCUAGAGAGCACUUUGGCAAGUCCAGAACAAGUCGAGGAGGCCUAUCAAAAAGGAAUGCAAACCUGCAGGAACGGUUGGAUCAACAAUGGGAGCUUUGCCAUCCUCAGACACAGUCAUCAUGAAAGAUGUGCAAAUAACUUAACCGGGCUCCUCAUUUAUUCACGUAUAAGGGAUGAUGAACACUUUGACGCCUAUUGCUAUGAUGACAAAGUUCCAGCUGACCCCGUGAAGAACUGCUCGAAAGAAUUUUCAAUACACAAAAACUCACCCUCAGAUGCACCAGGUGAGCCCAAUCCUCUGGCCCCAACAGCAGAAGGUGAAGCAGAGCCUACUCCAAAAACACACUCCAAUGAUACUUAUGGUGGUGAGGAUGGUGACCCCACAGCACACAGGGAUGGAAUUUUAGAAGUUACCCUGCCAUUUACCAUUACUCCCACAAAAGUGAGUGCAAAGUCUCCCACAACAAAUUUUGCUUCGGGGGAGAAGAUUGUCACUAUUGGAGAGUUUGACCUGUCCACUGGCUCUGGGAUGCAGCCACCCUCCUCUGAGGAGGAAGGAGCCUCUCCAACGGCCCCUGUUGGAGAGCCAAUGGAAACACAACCUCCCACUGAAAAUGAGAAGCAGGACGAGAUAAUAGAGUCUGUCGGACAUGAUGCCACAACACAGUCUCCACCACUACCUGGUGGCAAAGGACGGAUCGGUCAUGUUCAGCCUGGACAUGAGCACCAGGAGGACCGUGAUUCAUCGAAUUGGCUGGUGAUCCUCCUAGUGCUUUUGGCAAUUGUUGCUAUUCUUCUUGUAUGUGCAGUUGUUGCCAAAAGAAAAAGCUUGUGCGGUAAGCGACAGACACUGAUGAUCACGUCCACAGAUGCAGGCGAAGGAAACGGGGCGGCAGCGUCAGCAUCCAGCUCCCACGCCCAGGAGAGAGAGCAGGAGAUGGUGACCCUCAUGAACAAGGAGAAGAUCCAGGAAAAUGGCAACACGGAGGAGUUCACCGUCAUUACACUAGAGGAGUCGCCAGAUAAAGAGCAGCUGGCGUGAGAGAGGAGUGUGUAGCUUUAGGUGAAGGCAGGAGGGAUAGAGAGUGAGGGAGAUGGUUGAGAGAGGAGACAGGCAGGUGGGGCGAGGGGGGAUAAUAUAAACUGCUUUGGCGGUCAGCAAUGGAUGUAAGCUUAGUAAGGCUCUAUGUGUGUGUUAUUUUAGAAAGAUUGUCUGACUGAAGUGUUCUACUGGGUCUGAAGCUGACGCCUCUUAGUGGGACCAGGUCUUUCAAACCAACAUGUGCAGCAUUUUGUUUGUCUGGUAUGCCAGGUUAGUUAGGACUGAAUGGAGUGUCAUGUGUGGUGGGGUAUCAUGCAUCACUGCAUAGCAGGGGUGUGUGUAUGAGUGUGUUUCGUGUCAAUUCUUUGUGGUUGCGUGGUUGUAUAGCUUUGUUGAUGACGGGGCUGGAUAGGCAUGGGUUUGAAAGGGAGGGGGUGGUGAGGGUGUAAUUUGGGAAGAACAUAUUGAUUACAGAUUAUUCUCUUUUUAAUACAAUUGGUGGAUAUUAUAAUGUAUCAGCCUAAAUAGCAAAUAAUAAAUUACUGAUGAAAACUGGGUAAUGUUAUUUGAGAUACUGCAAAUAGGAAAAAAAAAAAAAAAAAAAAAAAAAAAGAAUUUUAAACAACCAACUCCCAGUGUUUUCCAUGUGUUUCAUGUUAUUUUAUUUGUUUGCUUACUGUUGUAACCUUGUGUAUAUUUCAGACAUUGCUUGUGGACUGGAGAUUGGAUUUUCCAUUUUCAAGAAAACUGGGGAUGUCACUACCUUAAUUUAUGCAGCUUUGAACCCCUUUUUCUUGAUCUCUGUAUAUAAAGUAUAUGUUUUGGAAAUGCCUUAGCAAUAGCUGCCAGUGCUUUUCUUUUCUUUCUUUUUUUAAAUAAACGAAUGUGCGAGUUAUUUAAUUAGAAAAAGUACCUCUGAGGUACGCAAUGGAUUUUGCAUAUCGUAUGAAUCAGCUUGAUGUAUAGCAUCCAAAACUGUGCAAUUUGUGCACCACUGAAGUCAGUUAAUAUGGUAUACAUUUAUAUUACAUUGGGAAUAUGAUGACAUGAAGUCCCUGAUGUUAUCCUGAGGAUAAACACAAUGAUAAUGAUGAUGUAUACAUAGUAUAUACACAGUGUGUACAUUGAUUGGGGGGAGAAAAAGAAUGAGCAAAAGAGAGAAUUGGAUUAUAUCUGUAGCAGAUUGAUUGUUUUUUGAAUCCAAGAUUUAAGCUCAAUUUUGGCAAGUGAGUGACAGCAGCUUGACUUUAGAUGCUGAACUAAAUACCACAUAUGAUAAUGUGGGGCCCAUGCUGUAAACACAUAGCAAUGUAAAGGUUUCCUCAAAACAAGAGGCUUUUACAGCAUUCUCUGUAUGCUCCUGAUUAGUGGGAGGGUGAAUGAAGCUUGUGUGCCUGCCCAGGCCUCAACAUGCCAGUCACUCACACAUGUAAACAAAAUGUGGCAGUUUUUUUUUUCUACUGACUUUCUCAUUGGUGAACUACAUCAUACAUUGUGUCAUAUCAAUAUUAUUCCCAGCAUGACAGCUAAAUUUCUUUUUCUGUUUUCCCAGUAUAAAGCUGAAUUAUGUACGACAAUUGUAACAAAUUUUUGUUUCUGACUUGUUCUGUUGUUUUUCCAGCUUUUGCUCUUAUAUGAUUCAUUUUGAGGGGAAGUAGCAAACAUACUAGUGUAGGCAGGUUUUAUGACAAAUUAACAAAAAGGUGUCACUGAAAAGAUUUGUAAAGUCAUGAAUGAAAUAAAUGUGUAUAGAAAGAGAUGUGCUGGAAUGUGUGGUUCAGUCACUGAUUGUUCAGUGUGCGUGCAAGACAAAAAGGGGGAGCGAGUGAAUAAUAUGACAGGGGAUGCGAGACGUUACAUUGCCCCCACAUAGGAGGAAGUGGGGUUUCCAUGGCACCGGGGUCGUGAUGCAAGAACAUGUUAACACGGGAAACAAAGACUGAGACAAAGACGACCAUUUUGAAAGACAGAGAUGGCGUCUUUCCAUACAGUGUUAGUUUGCAUGCAGUAUGGUCCAUUGACAGGAGAGCACAAUAACUGUGUACAAUGUAGUGCGCUCUGUCAUUAAACGCUGUUGCUCAGGAGUAACAUUGCUGCUGUGUCACUUUCAAGAUAUUACUGUGAUGUGAAGCACUGAAGACUAACAUAAAAACUAGCAGAAAACAGGAUUGUAUGUCCAAAAUAUCAUCUGGUUUUUUUUUUGUUUGUUUGUUUGUUUUUCUUUUUUUUUUUUUUUUUUUGAUGAGACCAAUAUUUUCAUUCAUUUUCAUAUUUUCACUUUGGUUUAACAUGUUUUGCAAGCAGAAGUGUACUGUUUUUAGCUUGUUAAUUGCUAUAAUGUUGCUUGACAAGUGCAGUUUUGCUUAAAUAUUAACUUGAUGAUAAUACUGAUUUUGCCAAAUUGUCCAUAGUAGGGGUACAUUGUCAUACUAACUGUAGUAUACUAUUCCUCUGUGUAAAGCUUGAUGUUUUCCAGAUGGUGUGGGACAUGUCAUGGAUCUCAGUGUUUAGUGUGGAGUUAAUAAAUAUUGCAUCAGGUUUCCCAUGGUC